AUGGACCUUGGGUCUUCCGCUCUAAGCAACGGAGCUGGAGGCCCGGAUGGCGGCUCGCUUAGGUCCGGGUCGGGGACAGGCUCGGCAGGCUUCGUUCGCGUGCGGCGUCGCGCGGCGACGCACAAGGUGUUUCAAGGCGACUAUCUUCAGCUCGCAGACGAGAACCAUGCGAUCCUCAAGAUGCUGCGGAAGCAAGGCGACCAGAGCGUCAUUUUCGCCGACACGGUCGCCAAGGUGAACCGGCACAACAGAAUCGUUCCGCGGCUGCUGGUGGUGACAGAAAAGGCGGUCUACAUUAUUGAGCGAGAUACUUUCAGGCUGAAGCGGCGCAUCCCAUUGGACAUCAUUGAAUCGCUGUAUCUGUCUGAGCUGGCGGAUAACUUCCUGGCGCUGAUGGUCCCCAAGGAGUUUGACUGCCUGCUUGUGAGCACACGCAAGACAGAGAUUGUGACUGUAUUGGUGGAUGCGACUAAAACGACAUCGAGGGAGCUGAAAGUGUGCUUCAGCAACAAGCUGCUCAGAUACUCUGCUCGCACCGUUUCCUCACACCGUUCCCGCUGCGUGUUCGACCGGUUUCCAGUCCCCAUGGCGUCUCCUCGUUUCGCUGCUCGCUCGCCGCCGCCUGCCGUGGCGGCUGCCGCGCUCUGCCUGCUCGCCGUCGCCGUACUCGUCGGCUCCGCUGCUGCCGCUGAUCCCGUCACUGGCGUCACCCCCGAUAAGGAAGUGGCGGCGAUGCAUGCGAUCCGCGACGCGUUGGGCGUGGACGCGGUGCAGACGUGGCUGCCCGGCUGGGGCGACGCGGGGGACAUUUGCGGGCCGCUGGGGUGGGCGCCCGAGGUCAUGUGCGACCAGACGCCCGAUGGCAACUACACCAUCGUCGCCAUCUCCCUAUCGGGCGCCAUGAGGGGCACGCUCAGUCCGCUCAUCGCCGACCUCGACAACCUCCACCAGCUGAAGUUCUACAGCCUGGGGCUGAAGAAGGAGGGCCUGGUGGACACGCUCCUGACCCUCACGCAGCUCGACUCGCUCGAGAUCUACAACAUGCCGCUGGGCAUCACCACGGGGGAGCUCGACCUCUCCAAAUUCGCCAACCUCCAAAUCCUCACGCUGCGCAAUGUGAUGCUCAGUGGCCCUGUCGCCAAGCUCAACCUGCCGUCGCUCACCAACCUGCAAUACCUGGACUUGGCGCAGAACCAGCUGACGGGCGAGCUGCCCAAGGGGCUCUCCAACAUCGCCCACAUUGACCUCUCCUCGAACCAGCUCUCAGGAGUGCUGCCCAGAGACCUCAUCUCCUCGCCCAACGUCCAGGACAUAGUGCUCUACAACAACCGGCUCGAGGGCGCCCUGCCGGACGUCUUUGCCGCUGCCGAGAAGCUUCAGCAGCUGGACCUCUCCCAGAACAAGCUGGUUGGCUCCCUCCCUCCUUCACUCGCCGAGCUGCCCAGUCUCUAUUACAUUGACCUGAGCAGCAACUCCUUCCGUGGCAAAAUGCCGCGCUUCUUUGCUGCCUGCACCGUCACCAACACCAGCGCCUUCCUCAACCUGACGAGCAACAAGCUCACGGGCGGCAUUCCCAACAGCCUGGGCCUCUACGCCAACCGCAACACCGUGCGCCUCACUGUCGACCUGUCAAGCAACCAGCUGCAGGGCGCCGUGCCCACGAGUCUGCUGGUAGCAGACACGUUCUUCUACGACCACAACGACGGCCUCUGUGACGCACCCUACCUCCCCAUGUGCGGCCCUGACGGCAAGCCCGUUGCUGCUGAUGCCACUGAUCCCACUACUGCUGCUCUUCUCUCGCUCGUUCAGAAUCGCACUGCUGCCGACGACGAGCCCAUGCCUGAUGGGUCCACAGCUGCUGACUUCACCACGCCCACUCCCACCCAGCCCACCACUCCCACCACUGACACCGCCACGCCUGCUGACGCUGAUCCUGCAGCUGAGCCUGCUGUUGCGGCGAAGCCCGCUGCCACGGCUGAGCCGGCUGCCCCCGCCCCCCAGCUGACCUGCAACUGCGAGCAGCUGUCCGCGGGUGUCAUAUUCGGCAUUGCCUUCGGCGCUGCGGUGCUGGCGGCUGUGCUGGUGGCUGCGGUGGUGCUGACGUGGCUGCACUAUGGCAAUGCGCGCGCGGCGGCGCGUGUGGAGGGCGCUGGGUUCCUGUUUGCCCAUGGGGAGAAGGUGCAUGGUGCUGUCAAGGAUGUGGAGAAUCCGCCCCCCAUGGGGAGCUUCAACGAGCGGGACCAGCCUCGCGCGCCCGACGUACCCUCCGCGCCUUCCUCCAUGCUGCUCCCCUCCGCGCCCUCCCCCACUUCCGUCAACGCAAUUGGCCGAUCGCGCUCCCUCACAAACUCCUCUUCCGCCUCCCUCGUCGUUGCCUCUGUUCUCUCCGCAUCCCGCUCCCCCCUCCCCUCUUUCCCGCGCCAAUCCUCCACUUCCUCCACGUCCCCCUGCCGCGCCUUGCGCCCGUCGCCCCCCGCCGCGCGCGGAAGCGGCGCCGGGCGGGGGGAAGACCCUUCCGCGGAGGUCUCCCGCGAGUUCCCCAACGGCGACUCGUACCGCGGGCAGUGGGGGGCGGCGUGGGACGUGCCGCACGGCGCGGGGUGCUACGUGUGGGCGGACGGGAGCGUGUACGAGGGGGAGUGGGCGCGCGGGGAGAAGCACGGGCAGGGGCUGUUCGUGUGGCCGUCGGGCGCGCGCUACAAGGGCGAGUGGGCGCGCGGGCAGAUGCAGGGCGUGGGGAGCUACUGGGGCGCGGACGGGUCGUUUUACACGGGGAACUGGGCGGGGGGAGUCAAGCACGGGCUAGGGCGCAAGCUCUACCCUAACGGGGACCGUUACGAGGGCUUCUGGUCGUUCGGCGCGGCGCACGGGCCGGGGCGGUACGUGUGGGCGAACGGGAACGAGUAUUUCGGCGAGUGGGAGGGGGGGACGAUGAGCGGGUGCGGCACUUUCACGUGGGCGAGCGGCGAGCGGUACGAGGGCGAAUGGGAGGAGGGCGUGGAGCACGGCGUGGGCGUGUUCGCGUGGCGCGACGGUAGCCGUUAUGAGGGUACGUGGAGCCGCGGGCUUAAGGACGGUAAGGGCGUGUUCUACCCCGCUGGGUGCGCGCGUGGCGCAGGGGACGCUGGGGAGAGGGGGGAAAGGGAGGCGGGGACGGGGGAGGAGAGGGAUGGGGAUGAGGGGGAGGAGGAAGAGGGGGAGGAGGCGGAGGAGGAGGAGGAGGAGGAGGAGGAGGAGGAGGAGGAGGAGGAGGGGGAUGUUGAUGGGGACGGGGAGGGAGCGGAGGAGGAAGAGGAUGAGGAGGAGGGAUGGGGAUUGGAAGGCGAGGAGAAAGGGGAGGAGAUGGGGGGAGAGGCAGGGCAAGGGGGUGCAGUGGGAAACAGUGCUGCUGCAGUUGCAAUUAUUAACGGGUGCAGUCCUGAUGACGUUGAUGGUGCUCUGGCGGCCGUUGCAGCACCAACGGCAGUGGCAGCGGCGUCAGGGGCGAGUGUGGCGGGUGCAAGUGCGGGGGAAAGGGCUGCUGCGGGGCAGGCAGCACCUGGCGCCAUGCUGCUGUCCAAGCAGGCUCCAGACCUAAGCUCAGGCUCGUUCAACGCUGGCUCGGCGAGCUCAGGCUCGGGGAGGAUGGCUCGGAGGGGCGGUGCAGCAGCAGCAACAGGGGGAGGGGGAGGUACAGGGGGGGUGAAGGGCGUGCAGAGGAUGCUACAGAAGCGGCUUACAGCGGGGACGAGGGCGCUGGAGGUGGCAUUGGGGCCGACGGGGAGUGUGUACCUGGCGGCUGACGCUGUUCCCGCCAUGCCCCGCCCUGACUCCUCCUCGCUUGCCCGCGGAGAGGGCAGGCCAAGCGCGCGGGAGGGGGAAGGUGGUGUGGAGAAAGGGGCAGAGAGGAGGGAGGGGGGUGUGGAGGGAAGGGAGGGAGUUGGGGUGAGGGAGGAGAGGGAGAGGGAGGGAAGGGAGGAAAGGGUGGUGAUUGCGAUGGGGGAAGUGAUUGACGCGGACACGUGGCGGCCGCUCAUUGGCAGCGGUGCGGAGAGCAGCCAAUGGGAAGGAAGCAGCGGUGAAGCGGCAGUGGUGGGUGGGAGAGAGGCAGCGGGAAGUGGUGCAGAGAGGGAAUUGGAAAUGGGCAUGCUAAGCGGGGCGAGGGGGGUGAGGGAGAAGGCGGAUAGAGAGCCAUGGGAGAACGGGGCAGAGGGGGGAUAUGACAGAUUUCCCCCCCACCCUCUCACCUGCGCCACCAUGCCCUCCCCCCGUGCCAAGCCUGGCGGGCGCCCCCCUCCUGUCCCCGCGCGCUCGCCCCUGCCACCUGGCCGCCCCCCCCCGCCCCUUCCCCGCUCGCCCCUGGCGGCUGGGCGGGGUCUGUGCCAUGCGCGCCAGCCCAGUGACGACUUUUUUAUUGGCCUGUCGUCGGCCAAUAGCAGCAGCACACGUGGCAGCCCUGGCAGCAGGAAAGGGGGGCGCAAGUGCUUGUCGGGGCCGCUGCAGGCGCGGGCAGGCCUGGCGAGGGAAAGCCCUGCUGCUGCUGCCAACGUGGGACCUGCCGCAUUCAACUCAGCAGGUGCUGCUGCCAGCUCAGCAGCGAGUGGGGCGUCAGCAGUGGCGACGGGGGCAGGUGGGGCGGAGGGGGUAAGGUCACCGUGGGCUAUCGCGCGCGCUCUGACCAUGGGCCCUGUGCCGGGGCGAGGCCAGCAGUAUGCUGAGGGGGAGGCGCGCAGUGGAAGGGAUUGUGGGGCGCAGGAGGCAAGGGAGGAGGGCGGAGAGCAGGAGGUGACGAGUGGGGAGCAGUCAGGAGAGGCAGCGGUGCUGCGAUCAAGCGGGGGAGGCGAGGGCGGCGCGUGUGAGGUGCAUGGCGAUGGCUCAGAGCAGAUGCGUGCCCCUCCACACUCGCCACGCUCACACAUGCACCACCAUGCGCCAAGGGGCGCGGAUGGGGGAGUGCAAGAAGGAGGACCCGGGGGAGGGGGAGGGGGAGGGGGAGGGGGAGGCCAUGGGGAAGGGGGAGUGCAAGGGCACGGGCGCGCGGAGGGGAGGAGGCGGGGGCGGGGGCGGGGGCGGGGGAGGGGGUACAGCAUGGGGCAGGUGGCAGCAGUAGAGGCGGUGGAGGAUGCAGUGAUGGUGAGGGAGUACGUGCACGGCAUGCUCGUUGCACAGCAGCCCCUCUCCUCCCACUCCCACCCCCCGUGUGUGUGGUGGAGCGGUGGCACGUGCCGAGGGGCAGGGAGGGCAAGAGGGCGGGCGAGCUCAUCUACAAGGGCCACCGCAGCUACCUGCUCAUGCGCACGCUGCAGCUCGGCCUCCGGUGUGCCUUGUGCCUUGUGCUGCUGGGGUGAUGGGGGUGAUGGGGGUGAUGGGGGUGAUGGGGGUGAUGGGGGUGAUGCGGGUGAUGGGGGUGAUGGGGGUGAUGGGGGUGAUGCGGGUGAUGGGGGUGAUGGGUGUGAUGGGAUGAUGUACAGUGUGGGGAGGAUCACGCCAGACGCGCAGAGGGACGUGGGCCCGGCGGACUUCAACCACUGCCCGGCUGUGCGCUUCCCCCCGGCCGGCUCACCCACCACACCACCGCACUCCAUGCACGCCUUCAAGUGGCGCGACUACUGCCCCGCCGCCUUCAGGGCACUGCGCGCCAUGUUUGGCAUAGACCCGGGAGACUAUAUGCUGUCGCUGUGCGGGGACGACGCCCUGAGGGAGCUGAGCAGUCCGGGCAAGUCAGGCAGCGUCUUCUUCCUCUCGCAUGACGACCGCUUCCUCAUCAAAACCAUGCGCAGCACCGAGCUGCAGGUGCUCCUGCGCAUGCUCCCCGCCUACUACCGCCACGUGAAGCACAACCCACACACGCUGCUCACCAAGUUCUUCGGGCUGCACGCAAUCAAGAUCUACCACACCGCCUCCUCGCGCACCACCUCCCGCCUGGCUGCCAAGGCGGGCGGGCGCGAGUCAGUCAUCCGCUUCGUGGUGAUGGCCAACCUGCUGGUGUCGCCGCUGCGCGUGCACCGGCGGUUCGACCUCAAGGGGUCGUCGCAGGGGCGCAGCACGGGCAAGGUGGCCGUGGAUGACACCACCACUCUCAAGGACCUCGAUCUCGACCUUGCGUUUCUGCUCCACCCGCCCUGGCGUCCCCUGCUGCUGCAGCAGAUAGCAGCAGACUGUGCGUUCCUGGAGCAGCAGCACAUAAUGGAUUACAGCCUGCUGCUGGGGGUGCACUUCAAGGCCACAGGACCCCCGCCCGCCCCCAUCGUCACCAUCACCGAUGCACACCUUGACGGCCCAAGCCCCGUCUCUGUCCAACCCGCCGCAGCACCGCAUGGGAGCAGUGCCACUGCUGGCAGCACCAUGUCUGCAGAGAGGGAGCAAGGGCUCGUGGGCCAAGCAGGUGCAGCGGGCGGGCAGAGUGAGGUGCGGGAUGGGGGAGGCGGGGAGGACACGCAGCAGCCCCAGCAGGGCCAACAGGCGGCAUGUGAGAGUGACGCGGCUGCAGCCUCACGAAGGCUGAAUGUUCCCCCGCCCCUGCAUCAGCUGAGGAGGCGUCUAUUCCGCCCAUGGCAGCGCAUUCUCACGGACUCUCCCUCUCCUCUGCAGAGAUCUCUGGGGGACCCUGGCCGAGGAGGCACAUCAUCCUCUCACACCUCCCCUUCUCACGCCUCCCCCUCUCACACCUCCCCUUCUCACGCCUCCCCCUCUCACGCCUCCUCUUCUCACACCUCCCCCUCCCACACAUCACCAUCCCAUGCCGGUGCCACGACUGCUACUACUGCCACCACUGCCUCUCCAGCCGCUGCUGCCACCACCCGUGCCGCCACAGUGCGGCACUUCUUCCCGCGCUCGCUCACGGCAGGCAGCGGCGGCAGCAGCCCACUGCACCUGCUGGCGCCCUCCUUCCCCCACUCGCACUCCCUCACCACCGACGAGAGCAGCGUGGACGAGGGUAGUGCGGAGGGGAGUAGCAGCUGUGGCGUGGUGGAGGGGGACGGGAGGGCAUGCAGUGACGAGGAGGCGUUGGGCCCAGCUGAUGAUCGCGCUGGUGAUGGUGCUGCUGCUAGUGGCCUGGAUGGGUGCACGUAUCCCUCUCCGCCUCUCUCCUCCUCCCCCUCCCCUUGUGCUGUGGGUGCGGGAGCAAGGGCGGCAACUGGGACAGACGGCAAGAGUGCAGGUGCAGCAGGGGCGGUGGUGGGGCAGGCUUCACCAGGGGAGAAAACAGCCGGACGUGGAGGAGGAGCAGUGGCAGCAGCAGCAGGACGGGGAGGAGGGGGAGGGGGGGGGAAGGGGAGGGGGGUGGUGGGGCAGCUGUUGGGGCAGGGCAUGGGGGGCACGGCAGUGAGGGUGGACAGGCGCACUCGCAGGGCCGUGCAGGACCCACUGCUGGGGGAGGCGUAUGAGGUGCUGCUGCACUUCGGUAUCAUCGACAUCCUGCAGGAGUAUGACGUGGGCAAGCGUGUGGAGCACGUGGUGAAGAGCCUGCAGUACGACGGGCAAUCCAUCUCUGCAGUCAACCCCUCGCUCUACGCUCGCCGCUUCCGCUCCUUCAUCCUCUCCACCUUCCCCGACCCCCUCCACCCCCACGCCUCCCAUCCCGAUGCUCCCGAUGCUGAUGCUGCUCACGGCAACUGCACUGCUGAUGGUGGUGCUGGUGAUGGGGAUGAUGGUGAUGCUGAUGGUGAUGCUGAUGAUGGUGAUGGUGGUAACGGUAAUGGCAGUGAUGAUGACGGUGGUGAUGAUGGUGAUGGCUAUGGUGAUUUUCUUCUUGCCUCUCCCGCGGGAGGUGUUCGGGCGACGUGCAGCAUUUUCCGGCUGUCUCACUUCUAG